AUGUACGCGUCUUCCAGUGGUCCCACUACAGAAACAGCAGCCCCUUGUGAGAACACACCACUGGACUCUGAGCAUCAAACUAAAAGGGUAAUAGACAAAUCCCGCCCCGCCAAAUCCUUCCUUAUCACUCGGUCUUUUCCUAUUUCCCUCGGGCCCCGCCCCUUUCUCAGAAGGGAGGGCAGGAGGGCGCGUGCCGCCACGCCGCCGCAUCCCAUUGGCUGCCUGGCCGUGCACCGGGAGCCAAUGAGCUUCACCGUCGUCGCCUUCACGGCCUGGGCGAGCUCGUGGGCGGCGCUGGCAGCCGCUGAUUGGCCCGUGCCAGCGCCGGUGGCGGAAGCGCUUUCUGAGGCGAUUGUUUCUGAGGCGAAGGGGCGCGCGAUGCGGCGGCGGGGGGCUGUCGGCGGCGGUUUCCCGCUCUCGGCUCUGCCUCGCCGGUUCCCUUCGCUGCGGCUGCUGCUGCCCCUCCUCCUCCUGUGCGGUUGGUGCCCGGCGAGGCAAGCCGAGGCGGGCGCUGUCACUUGCGGCUCGGUGCUGAAGCUGCUCAACACCCGGCACAACGUGCGGCUCCACUCGCACGAGGUCAAGUACGGAUCCGGAAGCGGUCAGCAGUCAGUGACGGGAGUUGACAUUUCAGAUGAUGCUAACAGUUACUGGCGAAUCAGAGGCAAAACUGAUGGGUCCUGCCAGCGAGGAGUGCCAGUAAAGUGUGGGCAAGCAGUACGCCUUACCCAUGUUAAUACAGGGAAAAAUCUGCACACCCACCACUUCCCAUCACCACUCUCCAAUAACCAGGAAGUAAGCGCAUUUGGUGAUGAUGGAGAAGGAGACGACUUAGAUGUGUGGACAGUGCAGUGUAGUGGGAAACACUGGGACCGGGAUGAUGCAGUACGCUUCAAGCACAUAGGAACAGAUGCAUUCCUUUCAGUAACUGGCGAACAGUAUGGUCACCCAAUCAAGGGCCAACAGGAAGUCCAUGGCAUGCAUUCUCCUAAUCACCAUAACUACUGGAAAGCAAUGGAAGGUGUUUUCAUUAAGCCCAGCGUGGACUCUACAAAGCAUGAUGAGCUCUGACUGUGUGAGGGAAUUCUUAUGGAGAAUCUCUCCACCAAGGCAUAGGAGCCCUUCUGUAAAUAUCCUGAGUCGCCAACAUCUUAAAGGCACUGGAAUACUCGUGGAGGGCAAUGUUUUUAUGAGGAACUGCGCUCCUGGUGAAUUCAGAGUGACAAGAAGUUAAAUUGGUUGUUUGGCUCCCAUCCGUUUUCAGAAGCCAUUUCCUUUUCUUAUCUAAUUCGUUUCAUCUUGUUUCCCUUAACUAAGAAAAAAUGGUGAAUUGUUGUGUAAACAAUCUAAUCCAAAGUGCAAUAAAACUAAAAUAUUGUAGUUCUUUGUAAUUCUUUAAGAAAACUCAUGAAAAAUGUUUGUCUUGAAACCUUGUUUUUAUCGAGAGGGUUCUUUAGUGAAGAAAAAUUGGGGGCUUUGUAGAGAAAACAUCAACAGUAUCUGCAGUUCAGACUUGAUUCCUUUUAGUGCCUGCUGUGUAUAAAUAUUUGAUGUUAGAGUUGUUUGUAUCCCAUGGGAAAGAUGUAGGUUAAGUAUUUUGGACUAAAGAGAAUUUAUUUUGAAGUAGUUACAUUUCAGUGGUGGGGAAGAUUUGCUACAUUCUAAGAGCUACUCUGGAAAAAUAAGUAUGAUCUUAUAAAGUUCAUUAAAUACACUUCUUUGUA